GAAACCCUGGCGGGCGGGCGGGCGCGUGCAGCCCACACGUUGUAACGUUACUGGAGUGGGCGGCUGCUGGAGGGGAUUAUCGGCUUUUUCUGUAAUCCUUCUUCCUGCUGCGUGGUGAGACAGUUCAAGAUUUGUGUGUGACGGAGACGGGCCGACGGUUUCAUCCACGCAUCGGGGGGACAUGAAGUGAUCAGAGCCCGCUCUCCUUACGCUUGUGUGACUAAUCAGGAGGCAGAAGAUUCCUGAUGGUGUGCGAUUAUGAGCUCAUCUUGAAGAAGCGCCGAUCUGCUCCCGAGGAAAUCUGCCUGCCAUUCAGUCACUCGGGCGAGCUCAGAGAACCGGGGUGGGGGGCAGCACGAGGCACGAUGGACUUGACGGCACCCCUGCGGCUUUUCUCCUGCACACUUCCCCGGCCUGGACUGAUGGCACCUUGUCCCGGAGAGAAUGGUCACCGCUGAAAGCGACACGGCCGCCUUCCCUCCGCUGCAAACGUCUGCACACACCGGAGCGCUUCGGCCGCAGUCUAGUUCGCCAUGAGUCAAGUGCGCUCGCUGACCGGCACGGGGACCAACGGACCGAGCAGCUGGGACGCGCUCUGCCUGGACAUGGAGGCGCUCUCGAUAGACAGCGCCUUCGCCUCCCUCGCCGAGGACGAGCGGCUCUCGGAGUCCACGCACGAGACCCCCAAAGGAGCGCCGGUCACGGAUGACGGCCUCGUGAAGGAGAUUGACAUAAGCCACCAUGUCAAGGAGGGCUUUGAAAAGGCGGACCCCUCCCAGUUUGAACUGCUCAAGAUCCUGGGACAAGGCUCUUAUGGGAAGGUGUUCCUGGUGAGGAAGAUCAAAGGCUCAGACACGGGGCAGCUUUAUGCCAUGAAGGUGCUGAAGAAAGCCACCCUGAAAGUUCGAGAUCGAGUGCGGUCAAAAAUGGAACGGGACAUUUUGGCCGAAGUAAAUCAUCCUUUCAUUGUCAAGUUACACUAUGCAUUUCAGACAGAAGGGAAGCUCUACCUGAUUUUAGAUUUCCUCAGAGGAGGAGACCUCUUCACACGGCUCUCCAAAGAGGUGAUGUUCACCGAAGAAGAUGUCAAAUUUUAUUUAGCUGAGCUGGCCUUGGCUUUAGACCACCUUCAUAGCCUGGGAAUUAUUUACAGGGAUCUCAAGCCUGAAAACAUCCUUUUGGAUGAAGAAGGACACAUCAAGAUAACAGACUUUGGCCUUAGCAAGGAGGCGAUCGACCACGACAAGCGGGCGUACUCCUUCUGCGGGACAAUCGAAUACAUGGCUCCUGAAGUCGUCAACCGGAGAGGGCACACACAGAGCGCUGACUGGUGGUCCUUUGGUGUGCUGAUGUUUGAGAUGCUGACCGGCUCACUUCCUUUUCAAGGAAAAGACAGAAAAGAAACAAUGGCGUUAAUUCUGAAAGCCAAACUCGGGAUGCCUCAGUUUUUGAGCCCAGAGGUUCAGAGUCUGCUGCGUGCGCUCUUCAAGAGAAACCCCAUCAACCGGUUAGGCGCUGGCCCAGACGGGGUGGAAGAGAUAAAGAGACACCAUUUUUUUGCUACAAUUGACUGGAAUAAAUUGUACAGAAGAGAAAUUAAGCCUCCAUUCAAGCCAGCGGUAGGCAGACCUGAGGACACGUUCCACUUUGAUCCAGAAUUUACCUCCCGGACCCCCACUGACUCUCCUGGAGUCCCUCCAAGUGCCAACUGUCACCAGCUUUUCAGGGGAUUCAGCUUCGUUGCUUCCAAUCUCGGUCCAGAUCAGACUCCGACGGAGACCUCUACGCAUGCCGUGCACCCCAUUGUGCAGCAGCUGCAUGGAAGCAACUUACACUUUACUGACGGCUACGAAAUUAGAGAAGAUAUUGGAAUUGGCGCCUAUUCAGUAUGUAAACGGUGCGUCCACAAGAUAAGCGGAGUGGAGUAUGCUGUCAAGAUCAUUGACAGAAGCAAAAGAGAUCCAUCUGAAGAGAUUGAGAUUCUGCUCCGCUAUGGACAACAUCCCAACAUCAUCACCCUGAAAGACGUAUACGAUGAUGGGAAGUUCGUCUACUUGGUAAUGGAGCUGAUGAGAGGAGGAGAACUUUUGGACAGGAUCCUCCGGCAGAAAUGCUUUUCAGAGAGGGAGGCCAGCGCCGUGCUUUUCACUAUCACAAAAACUGUGGAAUACCUCCAUUCCCAAGGGGUCGUCCAUCGAGACCUGAAGCCCAGCAAUAUUCUUUAUGUUGACGAGACGGGGAAUCCUGAAUCCAUAAGGAUAUGCGACUUUGGGUUUGCUAAGCAGCUCCGAGCGGAGAAUGGGCUGCUCAUGACUCCGUGUUACACGGCCAACUUUGUGGCUCCUGAGGUUCUUAAGAAGCAGGGCUACGAUGCGGCCUGUGACAUCUGGAGUCUUGGCAUUUUACUGUACACCAUGCUGGCAGGGUUCACGCCAUUUGCAAAUGGACCUGAUGACACCCCCGAGGAGAUUCUGGCCCGCAUCGGAAGUGGGAAGUUUGCUCUUACAGGAGGGAACUGGCACACCGUCUCCGAUGCCGCCAAGGACAUCGUGUCGAAAAUGCUGCAUGUGGAUCCCCAUCAGAGGCUGACGGCUCCCCAGGUCCUCAGACACCCUUGGAUUGUGAACAGAGAGACCCUGUCACAGAGCCAGCUGGUCAGACAGGAUGCCAUGCUGGUCAAGGGCGCCAUGGCAGCCACCUACUUUGCAUUGAACCGUUCUCCUCAGGCCCCCAAACUGGAGCCAGUCUUGUCCUCCUGCCUGGCCCAGCGGAGAGGAAUGAAGAGGCUGACCUCGACCAGAUUGUAGCGCCGACUGCACUCCCUGGUAGCCGCGUCCUCUUACUUGAUCACUCUUGCACACUCCUCUCUUUUUUUCCUCUUUGGACUUUUGGCUUGUGUUUUAUUUAUUUAUAUAUUUAUUUAUUUAUGAAUUCAUUUAUUUGAUGGCGCCAGUUUAUGCAACUGUUAAGAAAAGCAGCGGUGAAUGUCCCUUUGAUGAAUGACGCAGUUCCUUGUAGUAUGACAGCUAACAGCACCCCCUGCAGGACGUUGACUUGAAUGCUGCGGGUUUCUUUCUUCUCUUCUUUCUUUCGUGGAUUUCGCCGGGUUCCGCCUCGGUGGGUUUCUUCCUUCAUUUUCUUUCUGUGCUACAGGGGUGAGCGGCUGGCUGGUUGGUUUAUUUCAUGUUAUGUGCUUGUGAGGAUUGUUUCAGUUUGCCCAGCUCUCUGCCACCACUGAAUCCCACGGGUGCCUUUCUGUUGGAUCGGCUUUCGUGUUUCUACUCUUCCUGACGACAAUUUCAGUUUUUUUUCUUUUUUCUGCGAGUCCUGACAUUUUACUUAAUGAAACCGCGGCUGUGUUAAAGGCGCUAAGUAUCCCACAAUGCACUGGGGCUCCUCCUCUUACUUGAAGCGGAUUUAACUUCAGCUGUUUACGACUUGCUUUCAGCCCAAAACUCAUUCUGUCUCCAUUAAACACUUGUCAUAUUUCUGAAGCAUGCUGUCAUCGAUAGGGGGCACUUCUGAGACACCCCAUAAUAAGUUGACCAAAGCAAACCAAGUGUAGGCGUUUUAUUAACCUGAUGAUCACAACACAGAAGGGGACAAAAACAGGCAAACGCGAAUCCACUGAGCUUGACUUUUACUGGGUUUGCACCUUUGUCUGCAUGGCAGGGUGGCAGAAAAACCAAAUAAGCUUGUUAAUCCCACCUUCAAGUGCGCACACACACACACACAUGCCUUGAACCCUUGUCUGCUCACCGCCCACUGGGCUGGACAGGAGUGGCUUUUAAGGAGGUCACUGCUUUCAGAGUGUCUCUCAUGUAAAAGGCCAGGUAACCUUAGACAGCAGAGCUGUGAAAAAGUAUCUGACCCCCCAUUCUGAUCUCCUCUGUUGGUCACAAUGAAUGGCUUCAGACCACCAAAAACUAAAAUGAGAUCAAGUGAGUCAGAGUGGACACUGAACAUCCUUUCUAAACUGAGUAUUUAAGUAA